AUGGGCCAUAACAAACCUGAGGUUCUAAAGAAUAUUUCUCUGGUGACUUACUGCAGUUCACAAUAUGGUGGGUUCAAGCUAUUUGUCUCCAAUAAUGAAUUUGUAAGAUGCAGAAUUCUUCCACCUUUAUGUAUUUACUUGUCUGUUUAUAAUUGCCUUUUUUAUCACAUCCUUGGUAUUUUUUGCAGUUCAAGUCAGCUUAGACACCUUCGUCUUGUAUGUUGUUAUAGCAAUUCGGAUGAGGGAUUGAGUGAGGCUGCAAAACUUCCAUUAUUGGAGGAGUUGAGCAUUACACUUUGUUCAUUGUCAAAAGAAUCUUUGGAAGCUGUGGGGUGUUGUUGUUCCCUUUUGAAAUCAUUCAAAUGGAAUCAGCAGUGGUUUGCUACUGAUGGACUUUGUCAGACAGAGUGUGAUGAGGAGGCAGUUGCUAUUGCAAAGAACGUGCCCGAAUUACGCCACCUCUGGCUUAUUGGAAAUCAGCUGACAAAUGAUGGUUUGUAG